AUGGAUUUUGUGAUGAAGCAGGCCCUAGGGGGGGCCACCAAGGACAUGGGUAAAAUGCUGGGAGGUGAAGAAGAGAAAGACCCCGAUGCCCAGAAAAAGGAGGAAGAGCGGCAAGAAGCCCUGCGUCAGCAAGAGGAAGAACGCAAGGCCAAGCAUGCCCGCAUGGAGGCUGAACGGGAAAAGGUUCGGCAGCAAAUCCGCGAUAAGUACGGCCUGAAGAAGAAGGAGGAGAAGGAGGCUGAGGAGAAAGCCGCGCUGGAGCAGCCCUGUGAGGGGAGCCUGACCCGCCCCAAGAAAGCCAUCCCGGCAGGCUGCGGGGAUGAUGAAGACGAGGACGAGGAGAGCAUCCUUGACACGGUGCUCAAGUACCUGCCUGGGCCACUGCAGGACAUGUUCAAGAAGUAA